AGUUCAGGCGGGUUCUUUAGUUUCCAACGAAAGUGAAACCAAAAAAAGGCCGUGUGCUCAGAGGGCUGUCCCACGACUAAAUAAAACCCAGAUCGGCUCUGUGAAUCUCUCGACUCUUGGCUUUGAGCCUGAACGCAUCUCGCAAAUACCCGGAAGCGUGUCGACAUCACCAACAACAAACACACCUGCGCCACCUGACAGCCCGCCGCUGUCGUUUCUCCGUGACUCCGUCUGUGACAGCCGGUUGGAGGCGGUCCCGGCGGCCUCGCACGAACACGCGGACAAUUGAAGACGUAGUCGUCGGCUGCUCUUCGUCUCGCUCCAUCUCACGGGGGACACCAUUGAUCGGUCGCGUCCUGUUCUCCUCUCGCUACAUCCACGUUAGCUUAGCGGGCUCGCUGGCAAUGCGUGCGGCUUGAGGAGCUCUUCCUCUUCGCCAGUUCCGCUUUCACAGGCUGACCCACUGGAGGAUACAUCCUCAGACACGUUCCCUAAACUCACGAGCUGCCAUGGAGCCGUGCGCGGCUGUGGGCUGUGUGAACAUCGGCAGCCUGACCAGCACCUUGCCGGUGAUCCCGUACCAGAAGCUGACGGACCUGUACUACCUGAGCAGAGGGGGCUUCGGCACCGUGUUCAAGGCGCAGCACUCGGACUGGAGGACCACGGUGGCCAUCAAGUGCCUGAAGCUCGACUGUCCCGUUGGAGAAAGAGAGAGGAACUGCCUGCUUAAGGAGGCCGAGGUGCUCCACAAAGCCCGGUUCAACUACAUAAUCCAGAUCUUUGGUAUCUGCAACGAGCCAGAGUUCUUCUGCUUAGUCACCGAGUUUAUGAGCAAUGGCUCUCUGGACCUGUUGCUCCACGAGAAGGACAUGUACCCCGAGCUUGCCUGGCCUCUGCGACUGAGGAUCCUUUAUGAGAUUGCCUUAGGGGUUAACUUUCUUCACAACAUGAACCCACCCCUGUUGCAUCACGACCUGAAGACGCAGAACAUACUGUUGGGUGAAGAAUUUCACGUUAAGAUUGCUGACUUUGGCCUUUCAAAGUGGCGGCAGCUGUCCGUCAGUAAAGGCUCGGGGUCCAAGCCCACAGAGAUGGCGGGGGGCACAGUGAUCUACAUGCCCCCUGAGAAGUACGAACCAUCCAAGAGCCGUCGGGCCGAUGUGAAGCACGACAUGUACAGCUACGCCAUCAUUAUGUGGGAAGUCCUGUCCAGGCAGAUUCCAUUUGAAGAGGUGACCAACCCAAUGCAGAUCAUGUUCAGUGUGCUACGUGGGAUGCGUCCUGACACGACUCUGGACAGUCUGCCCUCUGACAUCCCCAGCAGAGAAACCCUCAUCAGUUUAAUGACCUGCGGCUGGACCACUAACCCUGAUGAACGACCUUCCUUCCUCAAGUGUCUGAUUGAACUAGAGCCCAUGGUGAGGAAGUUUGACGAAAUUGACUUUCUGGAGGCCGUGUUGGAGAUCAAGAGGUCAAAGAGGAUGCAGAGAUCCGACUGUUGUUCAGCCCAGUCAGUGAGUGAGAAGAGGAGUGAGGAUGGACCCCUGAACGUGCAGAAGGACAGGCAGAGCCCCUGGCCGGAGAGCUCCACCUCAGGCUCGGGCUCUUUUUCCUCCCAGGACACAGAUAUAUCUCUACCAGGCGCCCUUACCAGCAGCAAUGCUGCACCUUCCAAAGCAGAGAGGCUUCCGUCGUCAUUUUUAUGUCAUACACUGGAGCCUCCUGAGUCUUUGAAGGACUACUCCAUAGGCAACAAUCUGAACAGCGACGACGACAUCAAUGAUUUGAGGCCAUCAGACCCGCAUGUCACUGAAUAUGAGACGAAGCUGGUGAACCUCACCCUCAAGACUCAGCCUCAGCAACAAGAAUACUCUCCCCCAUUGCGGCACUCCCCUCCCUUACAAGGCCCGAUGGCCCAGUGGAUCGCGACACGCCGCGAGGAGAUCGUCUCCCAGAUGACGGAGGCCUGUCUGAACCAGUGCUUGGAUGCCCUGCUGGCCAAAACCAUGCUGAUGCGGGAGGAUUAUGAGCUGGUGGUGACCCAGACCACACGCACCGCCAAGGUGCGCCAGCUGCUGGACAACUGUCAUCGACACUGCGAAGACUUCUGCCGCAUUGUCGUCCGCAAGCUGCGUGACAACAAGCAGAUGGGCCUGCAGCCGUACCCGCCUGAAUUGAGCUCCCCCACCCUCGUCCCCUGCGCGCCACCGCUAUCCAUGUCCUUCAAUAUCCCCAGGAAUGUGUAGCAACAGUGAAAGCUAAACAAUGGAAACAAUCCAGAUUAUAGACUGGGCCGACUUUACACUACACACAACUACCGCUUUCGGUAAGAUGGUUCCCGUCAGUCGUACCCUCAAAGAGGAACUGAAGGCUGGGUCAGCAAAAAGAGUCACAGGUACAAAACUAAGCCACUUCCUGAGAAGGGUUUCCACUCACGAGAUCAAAUGUUUUAUUCUGUGCAAUCAGAAUCAAAAGAUUUUUAAGGGAUCAGUAUUUAACAAUGUUAAUGAGGUUAUUUAUUUGUGUGUGUGUGUGUGUGUGUGUGUGUGUGUGUGUGUGUGUGUGUGUGUGUGUGUGUGUGUGUGUCUCACACUCAGCUGAUCUAAGUAAGUGACAGAAGGACUGUUAAUAUGCUGGAAAACCUACAGCAAAAAAAACCUACAGCAAAAAAAAAAA